AUGGACUUUCAUCUUCUUCCUUUCGACCCUUCCACUGUCAACUCCACCGACCCAUUUUGGCUCAAGUUCGAAGCCAUUCGUCGCUCUGCUCACCUUCUCACUCCUCUGCUUUCCUCUCUGUCUCCACCUCCCUCUGCUCUCAUCUAUGACUUCAGUUUAAUCACCCCUGUUCUUCCCGUCAUCCAAAGCCUCCCUUAUCACCUCCGUGCUUACAUUCUCUUCACCACCUCAGCCAGAAUGUUCUCUCUCUUUGCAUCUUACCACAAUUUGGUCGCAUCCGCAUCGACACCAGCUAACAUCAACAACCCCACAAUUCAAUUUGGUGAUGUUCUUGAAAUCCCAGGAAUUUGCCCGCCAAUACCCAGAUCGUCUGUGUCUCCAUUGCUUCUUAUCAGGAACAGUCUUUUUAGUAAUAUAUUCUUAGAGGACGGUCCAAAGCUCAAAAUUUUGAAUGGGGUUUUGAUCAAUACGUUUGAAGGGCUAGAAGCAGAGGCAUUACAUGCGCUUAACGGUGGAAAAGUAACUUUCAAUGAUGGGUCUGGGUUGCCCCCAGUUUUUCCCGUUGGGCCUUUUGUGCCCUGUGAGUUUGAGAAGCUGCAGGGAGAUGAUGACCGCGAUCAACUGAGAAACUGGCUUGAUGAUCAGCAUGAUGGGUCAGUGGUUUAUGUGAGCUUCGGAAGCAGGACGGCCCUGUCAGGAGACCAAAUCAGAGAGGUGGAUGAUGGGCUGGUCAAAAGCGGGUUUAGGUUCUUGUGGGUGGUGAAGGAGAAGCUGUCGUUGACAGGGAAGAGGAAGAAGAAGAGGGCAAUUUAG